AUGGGAAAUCCUCAUCGGUGCUCCGUUAUCAUAGUAGGAGCAGGGAUCUCUGGUAUAUCUGCUGCUAAAGUUCUGGCGGAGAACGGAGUGGAUGAUGUGGUUAUACUGGAGGCGACGGACAAAAUAGGAGGGAGAAUAAGGAAGGAGGAAUUCUGUGGGGUAACGGUGGAGCUUGGUGCUGGUUGGAUAGCCGGAGUUGGCGGCAAACAGUCAAAUCCCGUCUGGGAACUGGCUCACCAAUCCAAUCUCCGUACCUUCCUCUCCGACUACAGCAACGCUCGUUACAACAUCUACGAUGACAGUGGGAAGAUAUAUCCGAGUGGAAUUGCCGCGGACACGUACAAAAAAGCAGUGGACUCGGCGAUUCAGAAGCUGAAGAGCCAAGAAGCCAAUAUUGAUACUGCUGAAUCUUCCAUUCUCUCUGAAACGACGCCUACUCAGAAGACACCUAUAGAGCUGGCAAUCGACUUCAUUCUACACGACUUUGAAAUGGCAGAGGUGGAACCAAUAUCGACAUACGUAGAUUUUGGCGAGAGAGAAUAUUUGGUUGCUGAUGACAGAGGGUACGAGUAUUUGCUGUAUAAAAUGACAGAGAGUUUUCUUUACACCUCUGAGGGUAAAAUCUUGGAUAGUCGUCUACAUCUCAACAAGGUUGUUCGAGAAUUACAGCAUUCGAGGAACGGCGUUUCAGUGAAAACGGAGGAUGGCUCCAUUUACGAAGCCAGUUACGUGAUUCUGUCCGUUAGUAUAGGCGUCCUCCAAUCUCACCUCAUCUCCUUUGUGCCGCCCUUGCCCAGGUGGAAAACUGAGGCCAUUCAAAAUUGUGAAGUUAUGGUGUAUACAAAGAUUUUCCUGAAAUUUCCAUAUAAAUUCUGGCCUUGUGGUCCUGACAAAGAGUUCUUCAUCUAUGCCCACCACAGGAGAGGUUACUAUACCUUUUGGCAGCAAAUGGAAAAUGCAUAUCCAGGCAGCAACAUACUUGUUGUGACCCUAACAAAUGAAGAAUCGAAGCGCAUUGAAGCUCAAACAGAUGGAGAAACCAUGAAAGAAGCCAUGGAAGUUUUAAGAAAUAUGUUUGGGACUGAAAUUCCCGAUGCCAUUGACAUACUCGUUCCUCGCUGGUGGAACAAUCGUUUCCAACGCGGUAGCUACACCAAUUAUCCCAUCUACGUUAAUCGACAACUCCUGCAUAAUAUCAAGGCACCAGUCGAGCGGAUAUUCUUCACAGGCGAGCACACAAGCGAAAAAUUCAGUGGGUACGUGCAUGGAGGUCUCCUUUCAGGUAUCGAAACAAGUAAAGCUUUAGUAGAAGAAAUGAGAAAGGCAAAUGACAAAAAAAAUGAAGGCCAAGCUCUAGUAGAAGAAAUGAGAAAGGCAAAUGACAGAAAAAAUGAAGGCCAGCAAGCUUUUCUAAUAGAACCAUUGCUAGCUGAUGCAGUAUCUAAUCUCCAUAAAUAUGAAAUCCCCAGACAGCUCUUCCUUCAUAGUACUGCAAUGGGGCUUACAGACCCAAUCUUAUGA